UGUAGUGUAUUUUUCCCUUAAAAAAUAAAAACAUUAUAGAGAGAGAAAAAAAUAUGUUGGUAACUAUAAAUACUGUUAAUUUGGGGCAGAUUUGGAUGGUGGUCGAAUUCAUUCAAGCACUCUAUUAAAAAUUUAAUGCAAUUUCACUUAAAAUUUAUGAUUUAAAUAUAGACAUGUAGAUUGCCAAGGAGUCAUUACUCCAAAUUGAAAUUCUGCAGUUAACUGCCGUUCGUUCGGGCAGUUAAAACUUAUAAUAACUAAGGUUUGAGGAUGACGUUUGUUUCUGCCUUAUCUAAACUUCCAACAGGUGGAUCCACCCUGAGAGCAAUAAAUGUUUCCUGGAUAUCUGUGGGUUUAUCUUUACUUUUUUCUUUUUUUGUUCACAAAAGAGCUCACAAGUUGAGAUUUCCUGUUUAGACAAAGGUGAUCAUUCAUUGCAGUGAAACAUAAAAAACAGGACAUAAAAUAAUGAAAGCUAAUGAGGCUCACAUGUAUACCUGAGUGGACACAACUAGCUAUCUGAGUGGUCAGAGGCUAGAUUAGCAGAUUUUGAGAGUGACGAAUGAAAAUAAUUUAUAAUUUAAUUUAUGAUUCAAUGAUAACGAAAAAAAGACACAUUUUCUUUGAUUCAGUUUGAUGGUGAAGUGAAUAUAGUCCUGCCAAACCCCAGACUGGCACAUCCCACUGUCUAACUCCACCCAACUGCAUAUCUUUGGGUGGAGCGAAACAGACCUUUAAAAGCUGCACGCGGUGACCUGCUAACAGGACAAGUGAAAAACUCAACAAGGCAAAAUGGUUGUGUGGACAGACUUUGAGCGCACCACGAUCCAGGACAUCUUCUCCAAGAUCGACUAUGCAGUCGUUGGACAAGCAGCAUUUUCCAGGUGUCUGAUUGUCUACCCCUGGACUCAGAGGUAUUUCGGUGGAUUUGGAAACCUCUACAAUGCUGCUGCCAUCACAUCAAAUCCAAGGGUUGCGUCUCAUGGAAAAGUCAUCAUGGAAGCUCUGGAAAAAGCCGUGAAGGACAUGGACAACAUCAAGGCCACAUAUGCAGAGCUGAGCGCGCUGCACUCUGAGAAACUGCAGGUGGACCCUGACAAUUUCAUGCUCCUGGGCGACUGCCUGACCAUUGUGGUUGCUUCCCAAUUGCGUAAAGCCUUCACUGCUGAGGUCCACGCGGCUUUUCAGAAGUUCCUGGCAGUGGUGGUGUCCUCCCUCAGAAAGCAGUACUACUAGAAAGCUACAGAGGACCGUCACAUACUCUGUUUUUUUAAUCAUGUCUUAAGGAGGCUUAAAUAAAUAAAACAAUGGGCAUAUUCUUCACUUUGUGGUUUUUUCCUUUUCCAACAUUUGUAAUUAUAUCAGGGUGUAACAGAAGAGUUAAAUAAUGGGUGUAUCUUGUAGUGCAAGCUAUAAAUUAGCCUAUUCUUUUAAUUUUUAAAUGGUGUCCUCCCUCAGAAAACAGUACUACUAGAGAGCUACAGAGGACUGUUUU